AUGUUGCUGGUGGAGGUAAUUGGAACAUCCCCGCUCGUCGGUGUACGUCUUUCCUGGUACCAAAUUGGGUGUGGUCCCUCAACAUCCUGCGUUGGGUACAAGAACUUGCUGCAAGGGCCUUUCCUUAUAUAUACGUUCCUGCAGAAAUGGCCACGGAAAGCAACAGAUCAAGCAGUGAUGUCCACCUACCAUGCUUCAUUUGAAUCGACCCACUUUUCAGAAGAUGAUCGCAUGGAGUGUCCACAGUUGGAUCUCGAGUCAGAUCGUUUUCGCCACAUCCAAAUGCGUCAAAGGUUUGGAACCUGCGCCACCCCUCCGCCUGGGCUGCGCAGGAUGGCUUAG